ACAUCAUCCUCAAGCAGACCUCAGAUCAGUUCGUGUCAGCGUGACCGUUAAUAUCCGCGGUUGUAUAAUCCUGACAGCUGAUGCCGGGUCAGUGGUUUGUAUGCGGGGCUCAGAUGGUCACUUCCGCGUAGCUGAUGUGCUGACUGUUAGCACCAUGAGUUUAGCAGCAGUUUUGGGUUUAAAGAGUGUAAGAUGUCAGAUGUUCAGGUUAGUGUGUGGCAGUAAAACAUGUAAUGGUGUUUUGAGUCUGCGCAGUGCGGAGGGAAGAGCUGCGCGCGCAUGUGCAGUGCGCUCACACAGCAACACAUCGUUAUGGCGGUGUCGGACGGCUCCAUGUGUGUCUGUUCUGCACAUGCGAACACUUUCCACUCUUCCUCCACCUCCAUCAUCCAGCGGAGACAAACCCAGCAGCCGGAAGACUGGACCAGUGACAUGGAAAUCUCUCGCUGUCACGUUUGCGCUGGGAGGAGGCCUGCUUCUAGCAAUGAAAUACUUCAAGAGGGAAAAAGAGGAAUUGUUUGAGAAAGAAAGAACAAAGUCGAUAGGGAAGCCAGCUCUCGGAGGCCCGUUUUCACUCCUCGACCACAAUAAUAAACCCAGCCGGAGUGAGGAUUUCCUCGGCCGCUGGCUGCUGAUCUACUUCGGCUUCACGCACUGUCCAGACAUCUGCCCUGAUGAGCUGGAGAAAAUGAUCGAGGCCGUCGAUGAGAUCGACAACAUUGACACUCUCCCAGACGUGACUCCGCUCCUGAUCAGCAUUGACCCGGAGAGAGACACCCCUGAAGCGCUGGCAGCUUAUGUUAAAGAUUUCUCCCCCAAGCUCAUCGGUCUGACUGGCACGACGGCCCAGAUUGAGCAGGUGUCCCGAGCCUACAGAGUUUACUACAGCCAGGGCCCUAAAGAUGAAGACAACGACUACAUCGUGGAUCACACCAUCAUCAUGUACCUGGUGGGACCCGACGGCCAGUUUCUGGAGUAUUACGGACAGAACAAGAAGUCCUCGGAGAUCGCCUCAUCCAUCGCAUCCUACAUGAGGAAGCACAAAUACGGCAAAUGAGGACAUUACUCCUGUCAUCAAUCAUAUUUAUUUUCAGAGCCACUCUGCUGGAGCAUUCCCCGUUUCCCCAUACUGCAGUGAUGUUCAGAGCGUUCACAUUCAAUAAAGUGUGUUUGGGUUG